UCUUCGUCCUUUUUUAGUGCUUCAAACCUCGAAGCAGAAGACUCUGGAUCCUAGACUAUGGUGUAAAUAAUUCCUUCUUUUACGCAAUAAAUAAACAAUACAUUACUUUCCUACAAUUUGUUUGACUUCUACUAUAUAAUUGCAACGAUUCCGAAAUGUUGACGAGUUUUAAGGAUUGAAUAAUCUCCAUUUUCAACGAACAAGAAGACGAAGACGAAGACUCUUUGAACUCGGAAGCUCCUGGGUGAGCUUCCAUGUCCUUGCGAGGAAUUUUCUCACAGGUUUUUCCAAGUCUCCGAAGUCAAUCCCAUUUUUCCUUAUAAUAACCCUUAAGAACUCGGAGAAACGUCAGUGACAAGUUUCUGAAACUUUUAUAGAAAAUCAAUGGCUUUGUCUUCGGAUUUUGCAACGAAUCUUGCGACUGCAAAGACGGUUCUGACCACGGCGGCCUCGGUCGCCGCCACGGCGAUGGUGGCUCGUUCGAUUGUGCAAGAUUAUUUGCCCUACGAAUUCCAAGAACUUUUGUUCUCGGGAAUCAGGAAGUUGUUCAGUCGCUUCUCGUCUCAGAUGACAAUGGUGAUCGAAGAAUUCGACGGACUCGUUAACAACCAAAUCUACGAGGCGGCGGAGACUUAUUUGGGAGGCAAAAUCUCGCCAUCGACGCAGAGGCUUAAGGUGAGUAAGCCUGAGAAGGAGCACAACUUCACAAUCACCGUGGAGAAAAACGAGACGAUCGUCGACGUCUUUAAUGGAGUCAAAUUUAGGUGGAUUUUGGUUUGCAGACAGGUCGAGAGCAAUGCUAACGGGUUCUACAAUCCUAGAGACCUCAAUUCCACGCUCCGAAAGGAGGUCCGAUCGUUCGAGCUCAGUUUCAACAAGAAAUACGUAGACAUGGUCCUGAAAUCGUAUUUGCCCCAAAUCAUGAGGGAAUCGAAAUCCGCGAAGCAAGAGAAGAAGACCUUGAAGAUCUUCACUGUGGAUCCUGAGGGACUCUACAACAUAGCAGAUGCGUGGAUUUCGACGAAUCUCGACCAUCCCGCAACGUUCGAAACUCUUGCUCUGGACACGGAGAUCAAGAACUUCAUCCUUGAAGAUCUGGAGAGGUUCAUGAGGAGGAGAGACUAUUACAGGAAGGUCGGGAAGGCUUGGAAGAGAGGAUACUUGCUGUACGGACCUCCUGGAACGGGGAAAACGAGCUUGAUCGCGGCAAUGGCGAAUUACUUGAAUUUUGAUGUUUAUGAUUUGGAGCUCACUGAGCUUAGGGCAAAUACGGAUCUUAAGAAGCUGCUCAUUGCCAUGGCGAACCGGUCCAUACUGGUCGUGGAGGAUAUUGAUUGCACGGUUGACUUCCAUGACCGUAAUAAGAAUGCAGAUAAGUCCGGUGUCGAUUUCAAUGGAAACAGAGCGAAUCAGCUGACACUGUCUGGCUUGCUGAAUUUUGUCGAUGGGCUAUGGUCAAGCUGCGGCGACGAGCGGAUCAUAAUCUUCACCACCAAUCACAAAGAAAAGCUCGACCCAGCACUGCUCCGCCCAGGUCGAAUGGAUGUUCAUGUCCACAUGUCCUACUGCACACCAUGCGGAUUCAGACUUCUAGCGUCCAAUUACCUUGGCAUCAAAGACCACUUGCUGUUUGCUGAAAUCGAGCAACGAGUUCAUUCCACAGAAGUUACCCCUGCAGAAAUUGCUGAGGAGUUGGUAAAGAACGACGACCCUGACAUUGCACUACAAGGUCUAAUUGAAUUCCUCAAAGUGAAAAAGAGGGAAAACGAGGAAGCCAAGGCUAAAAAACAAAAAGAAGAAGCUGAAGCUGCAAAGAAAGGGGAUGAAAAGAAUAGUGCUCAAGCAGAAUCAAAGGAUAAAGAAGGGGAAAACAAUAUGCUUGCUGGUUUACAAACUGAGACCAAAGAAUAAAGCUCGGAAUUAAGCGGAUAAUUGAUAAUAAAAAUAUAAAAAAAUAAAAAAUAAAAAAAGAAGAAGCUGAUAAUGACGACAAAAGUGGGAGAUCGUCUUAUGUUUCUUGUAAGCAAAUCCCCUUUUCCUCGAAUUCUUUUCAUUCGGUGAAUGCGUAUUAUAUGGAUUCUUUUAGGUUAAUGUCUUGCUGAUCAGGAUAAUAUAAAACAUAAAUAAAAAUAUCAAUUUUUGACC